AGCGCCUCGUGUUUCACUCUCCUCCUCAAACCUUUUCAUGUUCUUAAAACAAGCCAUUUGUUAGAUUUCUUACUUACUUGCAAAGGGUCUUCUCUCUUCUCCAACAAAUUCGCGCAGCCACCAAUCAUUCUUUCAAAGGAAAGUCACUAUGGUUGAUCAGGUUCAGCAUCCCAGAAUCAUGGAGAAGGUUGCAGGCCAGUUGCAUCUCCGAACUGGUCUUCCUUUGUACAAGCAGAGGCGCUCAUUUGGGAAUUACUCAAAUGCCGCAUUGCAGUAUCCGGUAAUGCCAGCAUACAGUGCUGCAACCGAUAUCUGCACUUUAUCAACCUCCCCUGUGUUUGCUGCAGCUCCGGCUGAGAAAGGACACUUCCUUAUUGACUUUCUCAUGGGUGGAGUUUCAGCUGCAGUGUCCAAAACUGCUGCGGCUCCCAUUGAACGAGUUAAACUCUUGAUCCAGAACCAGGAUGAGAUGAUCAAAGCUGGUAGACUCUCUGAACCAUACAAGGGUAUUGGUGAUUGUUUUAAGAGAACAAUGCAGGAAGAGGGUGUUGUUUCCCUAUGGAGAGGUAACACUGCAAAUGUCAUCCGUUAUUUCCCAACUCAGGCUCUGAACUUUGCAUUCAAGGACUACUUCAAGAGGCUUUUCAAUUUCAAGAAGGAUAAGGAUGGUUACUGGAAAUGGUUUGCUGGUAACUUGGGCUCAGGAGGUGCUGCUGGUGCCUCAUCCCUUUUGUUUGUCUACUCCCUUGACUAUGCUCGUACCCGUCUGGCCAAUGAUGCCAAGGCUGCAAAGAAGGGUGGAGAAAGGCAAUUCAAUGGUCUUGUUGAUGUCUACAAGAAGACAUUGGCAUCGGAUGGUGUUGCUGGUCUUUACCGUGGCUUCAACAUUUCCUGUGUUGGAAUCAUUGUGUACCGUGGUCUCUACUUUGGAAUGUAUGAUUCCUUGAAGCCAGUUCUCUUAACUGGCUCUUUGCAGGAUAGCUUUUUCGCUAGUUUUGCCCUUGGAUGGCUUAUCACCAAUGGUGCAGGUUUAGCCUCAUACCCAAUUGACACUGUUAGAAGAAGGAUGAUGAUGACAUCUGGUGAAGCUGUGAAGUACAAGAGCUCUAUGGAUGCAUUUACACAAAUCCUCAAGAAUGAGGGUGCCAAGUCUUUGUUUAAGGGAGCUGGUGCUAACAUCCUCCGUGCUGUUGCUGGUGCUGGUGUGCUUGCUGGUUAUGACAAGUUGCAGGUGAUAGUGUUCGGAAAGAAGUAUGGUUCCGGUGGUGCUUAAUUUUCCAGCACUCAGUUCAUAUUUUAGUUUUAGAUGAUGAUGAAAAUCAUUGAGUUCUGGUUAUUAACCAAGCCUUGGGCAAAUUUUGUUGAAUAAUUUUGCUCAAUGGGAUUAUAUAUAUAUUUUUUGGAUCAAAAUUUUGAUAUUUCAAGUUUGAUUUAUUUGAGUGAUAGGAAAAACAACUGUCACUCUCCAAUCCAUUUUGUUUACUUUUGAAUUUUGAGAGAUACUAUGUAUUCUAUAUUUUGUUCUAGAGCUAGUCUUAUCUCUAGACUGAAAUACAUAUGCAGUUUUUUAUUUCUUUCUA